GCAGGGUCGCGGUCCAUAGACGUAUAAAAGUCGCGGUCGGUGACGGCGAGGUCGCAGUUGCGCAGACUCUGAACGGGACAGGAUGCAGCGAGACAAAACAAGCAACGCCGGUGCGGCUGAAAAGCCCGACCGAGAGGCCGCCAUAAUGUCGAAAUACUACGAUGGAGUCGAAUUUCCUUUCUGUGAUGAGUUCUCCAAAUAUGAAAAAAUGGCCAAAAUAGGACAAGGGACCUUUGGGGAGGUGUUCAAAGCAAAGCACAGGCAGACCGGGAAGAAGGUCGCACUGAAGAAAGUACUGAUGGAAAAUGAGAAAGAAGGGUUUCCCAUCACAGCUCUGAGAGAGAUCAAGAUCCUGCAGCUGCUCAAACAUGAGAAUGUGGUCAACCUGAUUGAGAUCUGCAGAACCAAAGCCACUCAGUUCAACAGAUACAAAGGCAGCAUCUACCUGGUAUUUGACUUCUGUGAGCACGACCUGGCCGGGCUGCUGAGCAACGCCAAUGUGAAGUUCACCCUGGCAGAGAUCAAGAAGGUCAUGCAGAUGCUGCUCAAUGGAUUGUACUACAUCCACAGAAACAAGAUUCUUCACAGAGACAUGAAAGCAGCCAACGUGCUCAUCACCAGAGAUGGUGUCCUGAAGCUGGCCGACUUUGGUCUGGCUCGAGCCUUCAGCCUGGCUAAGAACAGCCAGGGGAACCGCUACACCAACCGCGUGGUCACACUGUGGUACAGACCCCCGGAGCUGCUGCUGGGUGAGCGAGACUACGGCCCCCCCAUUGACCUGUGGGGAGGGGGCUGCAUCAUGGCAGAGAUGUGGACCAGAAGUCCCAUAAUGCAAGGCAACACGGAGCAGCACCAGCUCACUCUCAUCAGCCAGCUGUGUGGCUCCAUCACUGCUGAGGUGUGGCCUAGCGUGGAUAAGAAGUACGAGCUCUACCAGAAAAUGGAGCUGCCCAAAGGCCAAAAGAGGAAGGUGAAGGAUCGUCUCAAAGCCUACGUCAAGGACCCGUACGCCUUGGAUCUGAUCGACAAACUCCUGGUCCUGGACCCGGCACAGCGCAUAGACAGCGACGACGCGCUCAACCACGACUUCUUCUGGUCCGACCCCAUGCCGUCUGAUCUGAAGAACAUGCUCUCCACCCACAACACCUCCAUGUUUGAAUAUCUGGCCCCGCCCAGGCGGAGGGGGCACAUGCCGCAGCAGCAGCCCAAUCAGAACAGAAACCCAGCCACCACCAGCCAGACUGAGUUCGAUCGAGUGUUUUAAUGGUUGAAGGAGUUCAUGGACCAGUAGUUCCUGUUUGGACUAACUUAAUUUCCCAGCCAGCCUUUUAUCAAGGAACGCUACACAUUCUUUUUUUGGUGGAGUUUUACGUGCAUUACCUGGAGGUCUCGUUGUUCUGUGUGAAGCAGGUGUUAUGUUUCAACUGUUUUCCUGAUGAUGAUGAGACAGAUGCUCAACUGUGCACAUGGUGUGUUCAUGUGGUCCCUUGAGUAAACAAACUGUUAGGGUUGUUAGUGACCCAAGUUUGUUAGUGAGUCUGGCAUUUUAGUUUUUUGGCAUUUCCACACUUGUUUGAUCAAUGUUUUGUACAGAAACGGCAGUGUCUUUACAGACUGUGCAGUAUUUUUAAGGUUUUUAUUUAUAAUAAAAUGAAACUUUUAAUUAAACCAUGUUACAGGGACACCACCUGUGGUGGCUUCCGUUCUUGGUUUCAUUGAGCCACUGUUUGAGCAGGAUUGACACAUUAUCCAAAUCAGAUUAUAAUUUUGAUAUUUUUCAACUGACCUUGAAAAAUAACUUAAUAUUUCAGAGAGUUUUGCUUCCCUUGUCUUGCCCAGGUGUAGUUGAGCAAUUAAAGCUGCAGUAGGUAAUUUUUAUUAAAAAACUAAAUCAUAUUUUCUGAAACAUUCACUAUAUCCUGACAGAACAUGAGACAGAUAAUCAGAGAAAAAAUUAGGUUCCUCCUAGUGCUCCUAAUGGUGUUAGGUGUCAACCAAUCAGAGCCAUGAAAGAUAGCUGAGUUUCAUUCCCAGGGUCCCAAAACGUCUGUUUGACUUGACUGUUGCAAGGCAUAAGUGCACAUUCAGCAUUCGUAUAUUUUACUUUCAUAUUUCCCUCCCUUUUUCCCAGAGCUUUAACCAUAGCUCAUAGUUCAUUAUUGCUCCAACAUACCGACCUCUAGCAAAACUAUUACUUAGUUAUACUUCAAUUCACUUCUACAUCAAUAAACAAAUUUUUAUGUCAAUGUAAUCCUUUGAAUGUAGGACUGUAAAUUCGGGGCCCUGAAGUGUGUGGGGACGUGUGACAGUGUGUAUGUGACACAACUCCACUGUGUUCAACAAUUUCUGAACAUGUCUAAAUGUGACAUAUCCAAAAUAAAGUGAUUAUUUUUCCUAAA